UUGAAUGUUUCUGACGGGGAAAAGGAGUGGGGGCAGACUGAAAUAAGUUUGAACCGGGGCACCAUUCGUCGCCGCAGUCUAUAACCGGUUGAGUUAUCACGUUUUUUCUGACUCACAUCUUCCACAGAGGGACGGUCGACACAACGCGGCGAUAAGUUUGCACAAAAGUGAUUUUUUUUCUCACACAAGGCUACUUUUCCAAAUGAUGUUGACAGGAGACGCUGCAACAACAGUCUCGGCUGGCUUUAUUGAGGUACUUUUGGACUGCUGAAGUUUCUUGUCACCUGAGACAGAUUUCACUUCCUCAUCAGGACUAGGUUUUUGGUUUUUCGCCUCGCUAUCAAUUGUCGGUUAUUUAUUUCGUGAAUGGGACUUGUUGACUUGCUGUUGUCGCUCAGAUGAAAACGGACGUUGGACAGUAGCUGAAUCACCUGUUAUUGCCUUAAAUCUCUCGGUUUUGCCAUACAGGCAGGGUGAUGCCCCUCCAGCUGAGACAGGAAUUCCCUCAAAGGUACUGAAUGUGUAUGUGUGUGUUUACCAGCUCUAAUGGUAGCAGCUAGAAGCCCUCACCUGUGAGAGGAUCGAACCGCCUCAUCAUGACCGAGGUCCAGACUCCAUGGCCACAGGGCACAGAGUGUGUGGCCAGGUACAACUUCAAAGGCACAUCAGAACAGGACCUGCCCUUUAACAAAGGAGAUGUGUUAACUAUCAUUGUCGUCACAAAGGAUCCAAACUGGUACAAAGCUAAAAAUUCUGCAGGUCGUGAGGGAACAAUCCCAGCCAACUAUGUUCAGAAAAGGGAAGGUGUAAAAUCUGGAGGAAAGCUGAGUCUGAUGCCAUGGUUUCACGGGAAGAUAACACGGGAUCAGGCAGAGCGGUUGCUUCACCCACCUGAAACAGGCCUGUUCUUAGUGCGAGAGAGCACCAACUUCCCUGGUGACUACACCCUGUGUGUGAGCUGCGACGGCAAGGUGGAGCACUACCGCAUCAUCUACCACGACGGCAAGCUCACUAUUGAUGAGGAGGGAUAUUUUGAGAACCUUAUGCAGCUGGUUGAGCACUACACCAAAGAUGCAGAUGGCCUGUGCACCAGACUAAUCAAGCCAAAGCUGGAGGAGGGGACAGUGGCUGCUCAGGAUGAAUUUUCCAGGAGUGGCUGGUCGAUGAGCAGAAAGGACCUCAAACUUCAGCAGGUUAUUGGAAAAGGAGAGUUUGGAGAUGUCAUGGUGGGAGAUUACAGAGGGACUAAAGUAGCUGUGAAGUGCAUAAAAAAUGAUGCUACAGCACAGGCUUUUAUUGCUGAGGCUUCUGUCAUGACACAACUACGGCACGAUAACCUUGUGCAGCUGCUUGGAGUGAUUGUAGAGGAAAACGGGAGUCUGUUUAUAGUUACUGAGUACAUGGCCAAGGGCUGUUUGGUUGACUACUUACGCUCCAGAGGCCGGACGGUACUUGGUGGAGACGCUCUCCUUAAUUUUGCACUAGACGUCUGUGAAGCCAUGGCCUACCUGGAGGCAAACAACUUUGUCCACAGAGACUUAGCAGCCCGAAAUGUUCUUGUGUCAGAAGACAACAUUGCCAAAGUCAGUGACUUUGGUCUGACCAAGGAGGCCUCUUCCACUCAAGAUACUGCCAAGCUGCCUGUGAAGUGGACGUCACCAGAGGCUCUCAGAGAAAAGAAAUUUUCCACCAAAUCAGACGUUUGGAGCUAUGGUAUUUUGCUUUGGGAGAUUUACUCUUUUGGUCGAGUGCCUUAUCCAAGAAUUCCAUUAAAAGACGUGGUGCCUAGAGUGGAGAAGGGAUACAAAAUGGACUGUCCAGACGGCUGUCCUGAAGUCGUGUAUAACAUCAUGAAACAGUGCUGGAACCUGGAUCCUGCUGCUCGACCGAGCUUUCAAAUGCUGAAGGAGUGGCUACAACAUAUCAGCCAAGGGAUGGGGAAAAAACAGUGAGAGAUCUGACACAACAGAAACAAAAAGUGACUUUCCUCUUCCUUCAUUUUGACCACUUGGACCAUAACAGGGAUGAAAAAAAUUAUCUCAUGGACUGUAUUAUUUGGCAAAAUUCACAACAAAUACGCUUUUCAUUAACUGUUAGAUUAUAUAGUUUCUCAGGUUGUUCAAACUGCAGUGACUCUAAGUUACUGGCUCAGUCAUUCUAGUAAGUCUUCCUGUGCUCUGUUAUCAAGAGUGAAUGAUUAACUGUCAUAUCAAGAAGUGCUGCCUCAGAGCCACAGUCCUAUUUUUUAUAUUGUUUAUGUCUUUUCCAUUGAUAUCUUUGGUCAUAUUGUUGGCAUCACUUUAUUUUAUGAACUUGUGAACAUAGUUUGACUAAGUUGACUGAAUCCAUGGUAUCCGUUUGAAGAGGAAAGACACUUCAAAAGUAGGAAUGCAACUUUGAUACGUCAUUACUCGCUUUUACAGAUUCCAGGUACACCUUUUUGCAUGAACUGGUGAAUGUUGAAUUAUUUUGUUAAAAGGACUAAGUUAAAAUAACUAGAAUUAUGCAGCUUUAUUUGUUCAUGGUUAUAUAAUUUUUAAUAUGUCUUUUUGAUCCCUCUGUACGUCAUUAAAAAAAGCACAAAUUUGGACAAAUGUCACCUUUACUACUGAUGUAUUGACACCAUUCGGCUCUGUCACAUAGUCAUCAUUCCCAUGUACAGAAUUUUCCAUCGGACUUAAAAAAUAUAUAUUUUGUGAAUCUUUGGAUUUACACAAAUUAUCUGGAUUUGUGUCUGUAAUGAGAAAAAGAAAAUGUUAAUAAAAAAUACUUUGCUGCCAUUUUCAACAAUAAAUAAUUCAUUUUGAAAAUUG